UUGGCGUGGAGAUCUGGAGGGAGCUUGAUGCGUCCGCGUCCGGACCACGAGACAGAAAACACCUCUCAGCACCCGACUCGGCAGGAGCAAGGCCAGCCGGGCCGGCGCCCGGACUACUCCCGCGAGACAUUGCCAGGGCGCGGCGGGCGUUGCCAGGGGCGACGGCGCGGGGCUGCGCAGGCGUGAUGGGGGCGCGCUCGCCUUGCUGCCGCCUCGCCUUUCCCUUUAAGCUUAGGCCAGCCGCGUCGCCGCUUCAUGAAUGGAACCCACGUGACCAAACAUCAUGUGACGUCUGAGGAGCGGCGGCGGCGGCGGCGGCGGCGGAUUCUGAGCCCGGUCCGGCCCGGCCUUCCUAGCGCGCUUGGCCCGGCCCGCGCAAGCGGCCAGUCCUCCUAAGCCCCCGGCCAGGACCCUUCGCGCCCGACCCAGCCCCGCGCAGCCCCGGAGCGCGCGCGCGCGGCCCCGCCCCAGCCCCGCCUUGGCCCGCCCGGGCCCGCAGUGUGAGAGCCUGCUCACUGUGUCCCCCGGGUUAUGACGACCCCCAAUAAAGGAAACAAGGCCUUAAAGGUGAAGCGGGAGCCAGGCGAGAAUGGCACCAGCUUGACCGAUGAGGAACUAGUAACCAUGUCGGUGCGAGAGUUGAACCAGCACCUGCGAGGCCUAUCCAAGGAAGAGAUCAUCCAGCUGAAGCAGCGCCGACGCACACUCAAGAACCGUGGCUACGCAGCCAGCUGUCGGGUGAAGCGGGUGACACAGAAGGAGGAGCUGGAGAAGCAGAAGGCGGAGCUCCAGCAGGAGGUGGAGAAGCUGGCCUCAGAAAAUGCCAGCAUGAAGCUGGAGCUUGAUGCCUUGCGCUCCAAGUAUGAGGCCCUGCAGAACUUUGCCAGGACCGUGGCCCGCAGCCCUGUGGCCCCAGCUCGGGGUCCCCUUGCUGCUGGCCUGGGGCCCCUGGUCCCUGGCAAGGUGGCUGCCACCAGCGUCAUCACAAUAGUAAAGUCCAAGACGGAUGCUCGGUCAUAGGGACACGUGCAGUUGCCAGGCAGGUCUUUGAGGGGCCACUAGGUGCGUGGCAGAGUUGGCAGCCCCGUCCCUCCUCCUUUCUUUCCCCUUUCUCCCCUCCCUUCCCUCUUUCCUUCCCUGCAAAGCACAACCUGCACCCAGGGGCACCGGGCUGAGCCCCUUGAUCAUCUUUGUUGUCACGCCUGUGUUUUGUACGUUGGGAUCGGUCAGUUCAACAGUGAUGUUGGGUUGCCUCUCACCCCUUUGUACCAAGGCCAUGCAGGCUAGGAGUCCAGAGUGGGCACUGUGGGGAUGGAUGAGAGUGCACGUGGGCAAGUGUACUGGGCUUGGGUCUGCCCUUGUCUCCCUGGUGGUCUGCAGUGGGACUUGAGUGCUUUCUUUUCAGAUGUCCAGUGGGCCUCUCAGCUUGAUCCAGAAGGAAGAGAUGGGCUCUGCCCUGAGAAGCGGUUAUGUGUUGAAGCCCCUGGACGGACAGGCCACCAGCCUGGGCACUGGGGCAGGAACCAUGGUGCUGGAGCCUGGCACAGUGACCGGAUAAGACCAAAUCGCUGGUUCUGAGUGUGGGUGAAGGUGUGUCAGUGUCCUGCGAUGGGUCUGGUGUCGCUGUUUACAUGACCUAUUUGUGUGGUUAGAUAGCCCUUUAUUUAAAAGAGAAGUUCCUUUUACGGAGUUAUUAAAUUAUAUGUUUAAGAGCUAAAAAGAAAAAAAAGCUGCAGAGUAUUUAUAAAAUUGUCUUAAAAAACAAAAACAAAAACAAAAAAAACAACAUUUGACCAUAUAAAUGGAAAAGGGAAGAAAGUAUAGUAGAAACUUUGCUAGUUUAAAAGAAAAAAAAAAUCCCUUUCUUGUAAACCUGGGGACAGCUCUGUGGCUGUUGGAGUUUAGUUUUUAUACACAGAGUUAUCAGACAUUACUUAUAAAACUUAGUUUAAAAAAAAAAAAGAAAAAGAAAAAAGGAAAAAAAAAAAAAAAGCCAAGCUGCAAGCCUACCAGAGGCUGCCCUCUUUGAUAUCUCUUUUGCAACUGUACCGAAAGUGACUUACUCCUUUGCCCUUCCUGCUUCCGUCUUGCCGGUGCCGUGGUGUUGUCCGUGCCUGGUGAGGUUUUGUGCAGCCGUAAAGUGCUGGUGCUUCUGGUGACCUUUGACCUGUGGCUGUCCCUGUGUUUUGUGUGUAUGUGUGUGUGUUUGUUUUUUUGGGGGGUUUUGUUGUGGUUUUGCUUCUGCUGGCUGCUCCGCUGGAGUGCAGGAGACUGCCCGUGGGCUCACUUCCCUCUGCACUUGUCCAUCCUCGGCCACGUGGUCCCUCUGAGCCUUGGCUUGUCAUUGUGGGUCUGGGACUUGGGCUAAGGCAGUGGCAGAUCGAGUGAGACCGGGAGCUCUUGGGCCCAUGCUGCUUCCACAUUCACCACCUCUGGCCCUGGGUGGUGACAUUGCAGGGACCAAGGUGUCACUGUGGGUGCCCACAGGGCUGUGGCCUACCUGUCCUUGGCCGUCUUCCUUCUGGCCUCAGCUUAGUUCCUAUAGGCUUCACUAGGGUCUUGGCUAGACCGCCCCAGGGGCCUACCUUGUGGGUUGGGAGUCCUGUCACUCACAUGUUUCUGAAACCCUGUUCUGUGGGGUCCCCACUGGGAGCAACUCAUUCUUCCCUGUCUCACUGUGAGAGCCUAGGGGCCUCCACCAUUGCCAGACAAGGGCUUUGGCCCUAGGGCCAGGUCUGAUCUUCCCCAGUGUCUGCAGCUCUUGGCUCUGGGCCCUUAUUCUGCCUCCUUCAGGAUCUGCGUCUUCCAGGGAUCCGCUGUUCGACUUGGAGGUGCUUCUCUGCAGGUUCCAAGCCUGCCACCUCACCCCAGCUUUCCAGUGGAGGCUGCCCACCUUCCAGGCUUGGCUCAGGAAGCUCCUCAUAGGCGGAUACCCACCUGCAAGAGGCUACAUCCCUGUGUGGUCACAUGGCUUGUGGCCUCCUGCUGACAUUGCUGGUGUCUUCUCUGGGGCCCUGGAUCCCUGAAAAGCACAGAAAUGAGGUCUGGGGAAAGGGAAGACUGGCCUGAUAGCCUUUACCUCGCAGGCAGCAGGAUUUUCACUCAGUUUGACGCAGCGUGCAGUGCUCUGGGAGCAGGACCUCUGCCACCCUGGUGUUGUGGUGAACUGCUUUGGCUCAAGGUGCUCAGACACUCCCAUUGAUGCCUGAGUCGGAUAUGAGUGGAAAUCUGGACUGUUGAGUAUAAGUUACAGGUGACCUCAUCCCCUCCCUUUGGUACUCUAACUGGUAUCCAGAUGAGCUGCCGAUGCUGACUGUGGCAGCAGAGCUGGCGUGGGUUAUACCCAUGUCUAGAGGAGGAGAGGGGCAAGCUUUCUGAGUUCUUUGGUACUGGCUGGGCUGUUGUGUGUAGCUGAGGAUGGCCCUCUGUGCAUAGGUCCAGCUUGCUGGGAGGAAGAGGAGGCUGAGGCUGGAUAUGUGCUAAACAGGAGUGGUAGAUCCUUGCUUCUGAACAGGAUAGAGCCAUGCUCAAGGCUUUCAGGUUUGCAGCAUCUGCUUCUUGAGUCUGGGACUUCCCCUGUUGAGCCAGCCCUGUAGCUCCUUGUCCUUCCCCUUGGUUUCCUGACAGUAAAUCCUGUGUCCAGUUGUGACUGUUGGCUGUUUUUCUGAUCAUUGUUAAUUCCGUUUUCCUACUGUGAGGGUGUUGUGUUUGACUUUCUGACACAGCGAAUGGAGAGCUUGGGCUGAGGCCAGGUCUCCCAAACGUCUCCGCUAAGUAAACCAUAAUGUGUGACUUCCCUCCUAUCUUAACUUUGUCUGACUCCUUCCUUGGACGUGGACACUCAGAUAUCAAAGAAAAUCCCCAGGAGAUAGAUCCGUUUCUUCUGUAGAGUAUAGUCCCAGAGAGUCCCCCCUCCAUUGUGUCUAGCUGCUGAUCUGGGUGUUAUACCAUCAGUGCAGGGAGUCCAUGGCGACACUGAGUUAGUUAUACAGGGAUCGCUACCAUCAGCAGGCUUCCCAGCUGUUCUCAGUUCAUCUUUCAGGUCUAUGUGUGCUGUGUUAGCAGCAGCCUUGGUGUUCAAGGCCAGUGUUUUCAGUUUUGAUAAGCUACAGCCCACGUGGAGAUGGUGAGGCCACUUCCCUGCUACCUCCCUCUCUGGUGUGGUCACUUGGCCAAAGCUCCCAUCCACAGCUGGGAUGUCUAAGCCACAGCCUGCUACACUGUUUCCGCUCUGGGAUCUUCUGAGUUACUUUUUUAGGCUGUGGUUUGGUGAAAGGAACCAACACAUUAAUGAUCACCCUCCUCCCCCUCCCAGAAGCCACGGAAUAAUUCUUGGCAUGUUUUCUCGGUGCCAUUGGCCGCCUGGUUUGGGAGCAGUUGUGGAGGACAGAAUCAGUACCACAUAGGCAUGGAUGUGCCCGAGCUGCUCACAGCUUGCCUGUUUCUGGCUUGUGUCCUGGGGGUGUGCUACACCUGCUGGGCCAGCUGCACACAUUUGUACCCUGCCCCUGGAGCAACAGCAUUAAUAGCUCGGGUGUCUCUGGAAGUCAGAGGUAGAGUGUUCUAGGAAGUGUCCCCGAUAGAAUUCCCUGUUUUCUAUGGCCCCAGUUGGGCUUUUGGCCCCUCCAGCAACUUUAUGCCCCAACCGCACCUUUCCUCCCAUUCUCUCUGUCUGCUAGUCCCUGAAGCCUUUAACCAAAUGGGAAUGGGUACAGAAAGCCUUCUCCUGGCAACUUAGGGCAACAGGACAAGGGCUAUUGCGUGUCCAGCUCUGUUGGUCUCCUGGUGCUGAGAGGUGUGUCUAAGCAGAGUUGAUCAGCCCCUGCCUGCCCUGCAGGGCUGAAGCCAGGGGGAGGUUAGAGAGUACCCUAAAUGUGGUGAGGAUCCUUAAACAUCGAAGUUAGGAGGGGCUGUGGUGUGGCUACAAGGUGAGACCCUGUCUCCUGCACCUGGGUAGGGCCAUCGGGGAUCUGGCUGCAAGGUGAGGCCUGGACUUCCCAUCAGUGAAGAGCGAUCAGUCACCUGGCCUGAGCAGGCAGCAGCCUUGGUGCCCACCCGUGCCCUGCGCAGUAUUUAUUGCUAAAUUAUUGUCCAGGAGGGGCGGCACGGGGCCUGGCCCCCCGGGUAUUUAUUGCUGUACAUAGUGUAUGUUUGUGAUAUAUAAGGUUUUCUUUAUUUUGUAUAUGAUCAAUAAACGCCUUUUAAAGAGA